AUGAUUCCUCCAUUCUCAAAGUGGGAAAAGCUCAAGCUAGCUCUACGCCUAUCAUACGCCGCUCCCCUCACUCUCACUUACAUAUUACGAUCUAUCCUUAUUACAAAGCGCAGAAGUCUCCCAUCACGCUUAUUCAUCGUUUGCGCCGUUUUAAAAGUAGCUCUCGGAUUCUCCCCUCGACAGAUUCAGUACUUGUCUCUACCAACCCGAGACGCAUACAAAAAAUGGAUACAACAGCAAAGUAAGGAAGCGGAGAAGCUCGGACACCAGCAACAUGUCACGAGACUUGUAUAUGACCGAGAGGUCCUGGAAGAUGGGAAGUCGUCGCUGCUUUGGAUAGGCGAUCGAAAGCAGGCAAAGAAGGUCGUUCUGUUCUUCCACGGUGGUGGCUAUGCGGCACCGAUAACGACGGGACAUUUGGAUUGGUGCUGGCGAUCGUUCGUCCUUGCAGGAAUCGAAAAGGACGUUGAGGUCGCAGUGGCUGUUCUUGAGUACACCCUGAUUCCCGAGGCGAGAUACCCAGUACAACUUCAACAAGCAGCCAGCGGACUGGCUUAUCUUCUAAACAAGGGCAUUUCACCUCAGGACAUUAUAAUUGGAGGGGAUUCUGCUGGAGGACAACUGACAGCCCAAUUGCUCUGUCACCUCAUCCAAUCCCAACCAACAAUCCCGGAAAUCACAUUAGUCAAACCUCUCGCUGGUGCCUUUCUGGUUUCUCCAUGGGUAGCCCAGUCGACCGACGAUGCUUCAUACAGAGAGAAUGCAUGGAUUGAUAUGCUUCCAACAACAGGCAUUGUGUCGUUUACCAAAGAACUGCUGGGUCCUGAUGCCAAACCCACCCUAUCAGCAUUUCCACUUGACAGAGAAGAGUCUAGUUUGGCCGGAAUUACAUCUGUCUUGAGCCAGAUCUAUAUCACUGCCGGAGCACACGAGAUCUUUCGAGACCAGGUGCUUACUUUCAAGGAAAGGGUCCAGCUUUUGAAUCCUGAUUUGAACUUGCGAUUUCAGUACUACGAGAACUGUGCGCAUGACUUUAUAGUAAUCGAGAACGAAGAUGGAGAGUGUACUCAGGACAUGAAGCAGUGGAUGCUUGACUUACUAGCUGUGGAGUAG